AUGGCGGGACCCUCGGACGGGGCUGCGGUGUGCUCGCGGUCGCUGUUCCUGCGAGACGAUGGGAGCCCGAUGAAGUUCUACGUGCGGCCGGGGCUGGCCAAGCGGCGCCUGGCACCGCUGGUGCUGGCAGGAGGCGGGCGACUGUGCCGCGUACAGGAGCCGGGAGCCGUCCUCCUGGCGCAGCCCGGCGAAGCGACGCCCGCCGGCGCGGUCUCCAGUGAGUACGUGACGGAGUGCGUGGAGCGCAACCAGCGGCUGCCGCUGGAGUCCUUCCGGCUGCCCUCUGCGCCGCCCAGGCCGCCCCUCGCCGCCUCGUCGCGCGGGCGCCGCGCCUUCACGAAGGCGGAGGACGCAGCGCUGCUGCGGGUGGUGCGCGGGCGGGACCGGGCGCGGGUGCGCGGGCGGGCGCUCUGGCAGGAGCUGGAGCGGGCCCGCCUGACGCCGCACAGCUGGCAAGCCAUGCGCGACCGCUACCUGCGGUACCUGCGGCCGCUGGUCGGAGGUGAGCUUGCGACGGCCGCGGCCGUGGGCCCGUGUGUUUCCGCAGAGCCCCCGGUCACGGAGGAGCCAGCGCAAAGCACGGGUGUUUUCGAGGCGGCGAAUCAGGAGUUCGAUGGCACGGAGUCAGCAAGUGACACUUCAAACAUUUCACAAGAGCUUUCUACAGAAGUUGGAGAAGGAAAGUCCCCAGAAGAAACAGCGUCUGGCUUGGAAACUGGAUUGGAUGAGUGUGCUCACCCUGACACUCAGUUGCAGAGACCAACAAGCACUUUUUCUUCUUCCAGUGUGGUAGAAGAAGCAGUAAAAACUAUGCAGGACUUCAUGAAGAACUUCAGUGUGGACCUGUUCACUGUUACACAGGCAUUUCUGAAAAACACUGGUGAAGUGGAAGCUACUUCAUACUUCCUGCAGACAGGGCAGCGCUUGGAUGGGUACCCUGUGUGGAGCAGAGAGGAUGAUUUGGAGCUGCAAAAAGAUGAUGAACAUGUCAGAAAUAAAUUGAUAGCAAAAUUUGGAGCUGAAAAUGUAGCAAAGCGGGUAGCAUUUAGGAAGAGUUAGCAAAGCAGAGGAAAAUCUAGAUCUAGAGAUGUGGAGGAACUUGUUCAUUUCAGAAAUGCAAAUGUGAUGGAAAAUGUCAUGCAACGUUGUGAAGUUUCAGAAAUACUUUAUAAAAGUCCUAUUUUAUAUUUGAUUUUUAAUGCUGAAUACAGUAAACAUUUUAAAAUAGGAAAAUGGUUGAGGGAAAGGUUCUAUACAUUUCAAGCUUUCACUAAAAAAUUGCUUUAAAGCAUAUAUCUAUGAUAUAAACUAGCUGACGCUCCUAUCUGUAUGUUGCUGCAUGCAGAGGAUUCUGAAUGAGGCUAGUACCAAAACUGACAGAAGGGCAUUAAGUCCUCUAACUUGUCAUGCAUUAUUAGGGCACAGUAGCAGCUUUCUGUUUGUCAUGUUUCUUCAGACUGUUGAGGAGGGCCAUUUUAUAACUUGCUCUGCCAGUUGUUACUACCUUUUAUUGUUGUUAAAGAGCCAAUAACAAUGAAAAUGUAACUGUUUAAAAAGAAAGAUCAAGAACAUUCAUGCCAGAAGAUAAGGCACAUGGGCUCCUACAUGAAUGUUGAGAUGUCUCAGGGUUUACAUGUACUGGGAAUCACCAAAAAAUGGUCACUGAUAUGCUUAAUCUUGCUUCACAGGGGUCUGUCAAAUAAAAACACAGGUCUGUAGACAGGCA